UUUAAAAUUUUACAGUACGCUUUACUGCCUUUACAUAAAACGAACUAUUUGAAAAAAAAAUAAUUUUUGAACUUUCAUUCAGUUUCUUUCGGAUAUUCCUUUUGCAGCUCUUUGCUUUGUAUAACUUUUGUUUUCUGCGGAGGUGUUUGGCUGUCUUGUACUGCAAACAGCAAACCGCAAACGAACAACAUUCAAGAACAUUAUAAAUCUGUCAUUGAUUUGUUUAAAGUUGGGUUUAGUUUGGUUUGAAACUUUGAUGUUUGUUCGUAUCAGCGAAUCUCGGAGUUGAAGUGUUGACGGUGUUGCUUGCGUUUAGUUCCCAGUUUUAUUGCUCGCAUAUCAGGUUUCCUAUCGGGAUAGUCAGAUAGUGGAUGUGGGCUGCAGGAUACAAGAAUGGGUACUCGGUUUUCAAAAUCUGCAUCCCCAUAUAUCCUCAAUCAGCCAAAGACCGUCACAGCUUCUCCCACUUCGGACUCGGAGGCAGCGACCACAGCAAGCAACAUCCUGUUACUAGCGGAAAGACUGGAGCAGUGCAUGCGGCGCCUGCAAGGAUGUUUUUUAUCAGCUGACGGUAAAGCGAUGGAUUAUCUGGGAAUGAAGAAUUCUCCACAGUUUGUUGAGUUUGUGAAUUGUGCCGUGGAACUGCAGCAGGCAUCCUUGACACCUUUGUCUGGUGUGAGCAACGAGAGCCUGCGGAAAGCCUUUUUCAUAAACAUCUACAAUCUAAUGACAAUGCAUGCGUUGAUAGAAUUGUCGGCCCGUGAUACAGGCAUUCCGCGCAGCAUGUUAGACGUCAAGGAUUUCUGGCGGAGUUUUGAGUAUAAAAUUGGCGGUUUAACAUUUUCCCUGGAUGAUAUCGAGCACGGGAUUCUGCGCGGGAAUAGACCGCAUCCGCGUGAUCUCUGGAGCAGGUGCUAUUUCAAUGCCAAGGACGAACGAGUUCCUUUGGCGUUGUCCCAGUGUGAUCCACGCAUUCAUUUCUGCUUAAAUUGCGGAGCACAGGCAUGUCCGCGGGUCUCCGUUUACAGUGGAACGGACACCGGCAGCUUGGAAUCAGCUCUGAACGGCGCCGCGAAAGCCUUCUGCGCGGAGAAUAUCGUGCUGGACGGGACACGCAAUGAAAUCCACUUGUCAAAAAUCUUCCAGUGGUACGAGCAAGAUUUCGGCAGCGACCGGACGGGGAUGUUGGCCAGGGUUUCCGGUUGGUUGAAUGACGAUAAGGAGGUACAGCUGCGUGCGCUUAUGUCGAAGGAAGCCAAAGUUAUCUUUGUUCCUUAUGAUUGGAGAGUUAACAGCACAAGCCAGGCUGGUGCUUAGCUGUUUUUUUCUCUGCUGUGAUUGCAUUUUAACUGUGGUAACUGUUUGGCGCGUCAUUACUGCUGUUGUCGAAUUUUUGCAUUUUUAACAGUCUGUGAUAAUAGAAAAUUUUUGUUCUCUAAAAAAUAUUGAAACAAUUUUUUAAAAGUGUUCUGUUUGCUUGGUCGAUAGAAAUGUGAUCUUCUCAUGUGUUCGUUGUUUGAGUUAAAA